CGAGCAGGGCUGGAAGCGCUGGCGGCUCUCCCCACCGCUCUCCAGCCCCAAGGGGGCUUCGGGAGGGUACGGGCUGCCCGCCAGCCCCAGGCCGUCGGGCCCCCGACUUGGGUGGGGGCUGGGGCGCCAGUGCAGUGACCCUUUCCUUCCGGCCUGGUCACCAGCCCGGGGCUUCCUGGAGGCCUGGGCCUCCCCUGGCUCCCAUCCCAACCUUAACUCUUUCCUCCGAGGCUGGAAGGGGCCAAGACUCAGUUCUCUGGGGGACGUCUGAGAGGCAGAGAAGCUGGUGGAGAGGUGGAGGCCGCGUCCCAAAUCCCAUCCCCAUCCCUCCCCCCAAAAAUCCAACCUCCAAAAUAGCUCUUCCCUCCCUCCUCUUCCCCUUCUACUAGUGGAAAGCGAACGUGGAAGGAAAUUCACUUUGACCUCUGGAUUCUGGGCCGGGGCCCCAAGCUGGUGGAAAAGCAGUUCCCAGUACCCUCCGCCCCCUCCUCCGCGCCGGGUCUCCCCCACACUGCCCCGUCUCCUCCCUCCGCCCCACCCCGCCCCUCUGAGCUCCCCAGCGGACUGGGAACGGGUCUGCCCUGGAGGGGCUGGCGGAGCGGUGGAGGGGGACGACUGGGGGCGGAGGGAAGGGCGGCGGGAGCCCGGCCGCUCCCACCCCAAGCUGCAGCCCCCGGCAGGAAGGGCUGGUCGCGGCGGCCGCAGCAGACGGGCCCCGAGCUGACGCGGGCGGGCUCCUGGGUCGCAGCCGCGGGGAGGAGGCCGCGGCCGGGCAGGGGGGCGCGCCGCGGGGACGAGGGGGCGUGGCUUAGGGAGCUGGGGGGCCCCCGCGCGAGAACCCCGGGAGGCACUGUGGUAUCCCCGCGUCUCCCCUGCUUCCAGGGCCGGGCGGGGCAGCCAUGCUGCUGUCGGGGGGCGACCCCCCAGCGCAGGAAUGGUUCAUGGUGCAGACGAAAUCGAAGCCUCGGGUGCAGCGGCAGCGCCUGCAAGUGCAGAGAAUCUUCAGGGUCAAGCUCAAUGCCUAUCAGAGCCGCCCGGACACCCCCUACUUCUGGCUGCAGCUCGAGGGGCCCCGGGAAAACACCGGCAAAGCCAAGGAGUACCUGAAGGGCUUGUGCAGCCCCGAGCUGUGGAAGGAGGUCCGCUACCCACCGGUCCUGCACUGCGCCUUCCUCGGGGCCCGGGGCCUCUUUCUGGACUGCCUCUGCUGGAGCACCCUGGCCUACCUGGUGCCUGGUCCCCCAGGUUCACUGAUGGUGGGCGGGCUGACUGAGUCCUUCGUCCUGACCCAAAACUGGCUGGAGGAGCUGGUGGCGCGGCUACGCUGGGGCCCAGCCUCUCUGCGCACUCCUCCAGAUGUCUGGGAGGCCGAGGUGACCCAGGCCUUCGGGGCCCUGGUCUGGAUCCGCAGGGACCAGCAUGCAGGGGACUUGCUGCAGCUACCUCCCGCGGUGCAGGAGCUACUGCUGAGCCUGGUGCGUGAUGCUGCGGGCAAGGAGGACAUCAUUGAGUGGCUCAGCCACUGUGGCUUCUCCAACCCCCACAGCGACCCGGAAGUCUUGAUCUGCCCUCUCCAGCAGCAGAAGGAAACCCCAGCCCUGGUGCCCGUCGGAGACAGUCCUGGGCCCUUCCUGGAGGUGGGGACCCUUCAGAACGACAAUGCCAAGAGAUUACCCAGUCUAGGAGUCUCAGGCCAGGGCACCCAGCAGGACAAGGCAAACCAGCUGGUACGGUUUACUUCCAGCAGUCAAGGAGGUACAGACAGCGCUGGAGAGGAAGAGCCAGCACAAGCCUGCAGUAGCCAGGACUCUGGCAACAGCGCAUGUACCCUGCUACAGCCCAGGCAGACCUCACGGCUGGAAGACAAGCUCCCCCUGCAGCCUCUUGUAUCAACCCUGAGUGUGUGCCCACCCUGGAAGGCCUGGACCCCCGGGCCUGCCUUGUGGCCAGGGGCUGUGGCUACAACCUUCUGGAAGCUCCAUGAGCUUCCUUCUGUCCACCUGGCCUACCUCCUGUCCCAGGCAUGUUUCACCAUCCCCUUCUGGCAGAGACCGCUGGGCCCCAUUCAGCUGAAGCUGCCAGGGCAGGCCCCUUUGCCCCUGAAUCUGGAGUGGAAGCAGAAGGCGCUGGCCCCUCUACCCAGCGCUGAGAGCCCAGUGUGUAAACCGGAAGGGGAGCUGGGGGCAAAAGCAGCCCCGCAGAACUGCCCAAGGUCUGAGAGCCCCCAGGAGGUCAUGAGUCUGGUGGUGAUGCCAGAGACCUCAAAUAUGAAGGAUGAAGUCGCCCCAGGACUUCUACAGUUAGAGCCACCUUUGACCCCUGCACCCUGUCUUCAAGUUGAAGAUCAGCUCGAGAAUAUAGGAAACACAUGCUUAGAAUGUAAGGGCCCAGAUGAGGGACCCUCCCCAGCGCUGCCCACAGGACAAGAGGAGCCCCCUGCCCAGGGUGGGCUGCCAGCUCAGUCAGAACCUGAAGCUUCAACAGUGCCUGAAACUCGCCAAGUGCCCCUGGCUGCAGCAGUGCCCAAAGCAGAAAGCCCACACACCUCUCCGGGGCUGCCUGCAACUCCCCAAGUGCCUGUGGUCCAGGCAGUGCUGCCAGCAGUGCCCACAGAGCCCACAGCGCCCACAGAGCCCACAGCCCCCAAAGUGUCUUUGGCUGCAGCAGAGCCGGCCACUCAAGCCGUGUCCACAGCUCCAAUCACAGCCAGGCAGCCAGCAGCGGCUGCCCAAGGGGUGCCUGCAACUCCCAAAACUCCUGCGGCUCAGAAGACACCUGUGGCAAAGACAGCACCCGCAGGCUCCAAGACAGCCAAAGCUCAAGCAGGCAAAACAGGGCCUGCGGCUCCCAAAGCACCCGCCACCUCCAAAGCACCCGCCACCUCCAAAGCCUCCGCCACAUCCAAAGCCCCCAAAGCAGCCAAAACACCUGCCUCUCAGAAAUUGCCCAGGGAUGCAGGUUCUGCCUUGGAUGUGGGCAAGAUUGUGGGUGAGGGCCAGCCUUCAUCCAGGGGCAAUACCUCCUCACUCAAGGGCCAAGGGGAGGCUGGAAGGCAAGGUUGCCAGCCUUGUAGCACCUCAAGCCCUGGCAGGAAGCACCAGUCUCAGACGGAGGGAAUCCUGGGGGCUUCGGAGGGGGCUGCAAAGCAGCCGACUCGCCACCCACAGGCCAACAAUACCGUGACCAGCUUCCAGCGCUACCACGAGGCCCUGAAUACACCCUUUGAGCUGAAACUGUCGAAGGAACCCGGGGACCAGGGCUUGCGGCGAGUGGUCAUUGAUGGCAGCAGUGUGGCCAUGGUGCACGGCCUCCAGCACUACUUCUCCUGCCGGGGCAUUGCCAUGGCAGUGCAAUAUUUCUGGAACCGGGGACACCGAGAGGUCACUGUGUUUAUACCCACCUGGCAGCUGAAGAAGAAUCGGAGAGUGCAAGAGAGCCACUUUCUGACACAGUUGCACUUGCUCAAGAUGCUUUCCAUCACCCCGUCCCAGCUGGAGAACGGCAAGAAGAUUACCACCUAUGACUACAGGUUCAUGGUGAAGUUGGCAGAGGAGACAGAUGGCAUCAUCGUGACCAAUGAACAGAUCCACGUCCUGUUGAAUAGCUCCAAGAAAGUGAUGGUCAAAGACCGCCUGUUGCCUUUCACCUUUGCUGGGAAUCUCUUCAUGGUGCCCGACGACCCCCUGGGCCGUGAUGGCCCCACCUUGGAUGAAUUCCUCCGGAAGCCCAACAGGUUGGAUACGGCGAUUGGUAACUUCCUGAAGGUGUGGAAGGCCCUUCCUCCCAGCUCAGCCAGCGUCUCUGAGUGGGGCGGUGACCCUGAGCGCCUGGAGAGUGCACAGAAUGUGGGAGACAUCAGGGGGAAGGAGAAGAGGCAGAAAGAGAAGCAGAAGGAAAGGGAAGAGAAGGAGAAAAAGGAGAAGGAAAAACAGAAGGAGAAGGAGAAACAGGAGAAGGAGGAGGAGAAGCAGAAAGAGGAGGCGAAGGGGAAGGAAGAAGAAAGAGAAGAGAAGAAGGAGGAGGAGCAGAGGGAGGCUGAGGGCCUGCAGUGCCUGACUGCGGAGGACGACUCUGGCUCUUCGCUGGCCUCGGUGUUCCAGGUUGAGAGUCCCUCCCUCUCGGAGGAAAUCCUCCGAUGCCUCAGCCUCCACGACCCCCCAGACGGGGCCCUUGACAUUGACCUGCUGCCGGGGGUGGCUUCUCCCUGUCUGGGCAUCCCCUGGGAUGGGAAGGCUCCCUGCCAGCAGGUGCUGGCCCAGCUGGCCCAGCUGACAGUCCCCAGCAACUUCACUGCACUCUCCUUCUUCGUGGGGUUCAUGGACUCAUACCGUGACACCAUCCUUGACUAUGAGGACCUGAUGGGCCCCCUGCACGGCCUGCUCAAACAGAAACCCGACUGGCGGUGGGAGCGGGAGCAUGAGCAGGCUUUCCUGGCUCUGAAGCGAGCCCUGGUGUCUGCCCUGUGCCUCACGGCCCCCAACCCACAGCUGCCCUUCCACCUGCAUGUGUCCGUGAGCCAGGUGGCCCUCACAGCCAUCCUCCACCAGGAGCACUCGGGGAGGAAGCACCCCGUGGCCUACACCUCGAAGCCCUUGCUCCCAGACGAGGAUAGCGAGGGCCCCCAGUCGGGGGGAGACAGCCCCUAUGCCGUGGCUUGGGCCCUCAAGCAUUUUUCCCGCUGGAUCGGUGACACCCCAGUGGUCCUGGGCCUGUCCUAUGCCUCCCGCCCCACAGCAGACCCAGAGGCCUGGGAUGGCCGCAGGGUGUCCACAGCCUGGCUGAUUCGCUGGUCCCUCUUGGUACAAGAUAAAGGCAAGAGGGCCCUGGAGCUGAGCCUGCUCCAGGGCCUGCGGCGUGAGAACCGCCUGCUGACACCUGAGGCUGACAUGCCACGCUUCUUCCAGGCCCUGCCUCCUUCCGCUGACCUGUCCACUUUUAUCUGCAUCCAUGUGUCUGGCUAUUGCUUCUACCGUGAUGACGAUGAGUGUACUGGCUUCGGUCUCUACGUCCUGUCCCCCACCAGUGCCCCCAUCUCCCUCGCCUUUUCCUGUUCCUCGUACACACUGACCUACGCCCACCUGGCAGCUGUGGCCUGUGCCCUGGAGCGCUUUGGCAACUCUAGUUUUCCAGUGGUCUUCCUCACCCACUGCCACUGGAUCUUUAGCCUCCUCUGGGAGCUGCUGCCCCUCUGGAGGGCUCGGGGCUUCCUGUCGUCUGACGGGGCGCCACUACCUCAUCCAAGCCUGCUCUCCUAUGUCAUAACCCUCAUCUCGGGCCUGCCAUCCCUCCCAUUUAUCUACCGAACCUCCUACCGGGGUUCCCUGUUUGCCGUGACAGUGGACAACCUGGCUAAGCAGGGUGCUGAGGGCGAUGGGGAGAGCUGGCACUUGCCAGAGGAUGUGCCAGUCCCUGUGGUGACCCCGCAUGCCGCGUGCUCAAAGCCCAACCUGCUGGCUUUGCAGCUGAGUGACAGCACCCUGGCUGACGUCAUUGCCAAGCUGCAGGCUGGGCAGAAGUUGCCUAGCUCCUCGCCCUUCAGCUCAACCUUCAAUUCACUCAGCCUCGACGAGGAGACAGGCCUGCUGGUGUUCAAGGUCGAAAAGCGGCCCAGGGUCUGGGUGGUGCCGCGGCAGCUGCGCAGGGAUCUGAUAUUUGCUGUGCAUGACAUCCCCAUGGCGGGCCACCAGAGGCCUGAGGAGACCUACAAGAAGCUGCGGCUGCUGGGCUGGUGGCCCGGUAUGCAGGAGCACGUGCGUGAGUACUGCCGGAGCUGCUUGUUUUGUAUCCCCCGGCACCUGGCGGGCGGGGAGCUGAAGGUGAUCGAGUCGUUGUGGCCUCUCAGGUCCACCGCCCCCUGGUCCACCCUGCAGAUUGAGGUGGUGGGCCCCAUCACCACGAGUGAGGAGGGCCACAAGCACGUGCUCAUUGUGGCCGACCCCAAUACCCGCUGGGUGGAGGCAUUCCCGCUGAAGCCCUACACCCAUAUGGCUGUGGCCCACCUGCUGCUACAGCAUGUGUUUGCCAGAUGGGGCAUCCCCAUGCGGCUGGAGGCGGCUCAGGGUCCCCAUUUUGCUCGGCAUGUGCUGGUGAGCUGCGGGCUGGCUCUGGGAGCCCAGGUCACGACCCUGAGCAGGGACCUGCAAUUCCCCUGCCUGGCGAGCUCAGAGGUAUACUGGGAAUUCAAGAGGGCCCUCAAGGAGUUCAUCUUCCUGCAUGGCCACAAGUGGGCGGCCUCCCUGCCCUUAUUGCACCUGGCCUUCAGGGCCUCUUGCAGCCAUGCCUCACCCUUCCAGGUGCUGACUGGAGGGGAGAUGAGGCUGACUGAGCCUUUGUGGUGGGAGAUGAGCAGUGCCAACCUGGAAGGGCUUAAGAUGGACACGUUCAUGCUGCAGUUGGUGGAGCUGCUGCUGGAGCUGCACUGGAAGGGUGCCGACAAGGGCAGCUCCAAGGCCGAGAACAAGCGUUUCCAGCGGGAGAGCCAGGAGAAGGAGUGGCACGUGGGGGACCAGGUCCUCCUGCUGUCCCUCCCCAGGAACGGCAACAGUGCCAAGUGGGUGGGCCCCUUCUAUAUCGGAGACCGGCUGAGCCUGUCUCUGUAUAGGGUGUGGGGUUUUCCCACCCCGGAGAAGCUGGGCUGUGUCUAUCCGAGCAGCCUGAUGAAGUCUGUUGCCAAGAAUGGCACACCCUUGCCUUUCAAGGUGCUGGAACCGUGAGCUGCAGCUGUGGAGAGAGGCCUUCCCACCCAGGGCUCCUGGGUUUCUGCUGCUAGGCCACCCCCCCACUGUCCUCCAGCAGGGCUUGCAGCCCCUCAAUGGUGCCUUUUCUAGAGAAGCUGUUCUGUAAAGCUUUGUUUAAUUGCCUUGAAGUAGCGAUCAAGGUCCCUACGGAAGCCUGCCCCAGUUUGGGAGAGUUUGUAUGAGGCUCUCUGGUGGGGGCUUCAGGCAGUUUCACAAUGGGGAGUGGCAAGUCCUCUUAGCAAGGUAGGUCAGGCUCUGCAUCUUUUCCUUUUCACAUAUGUGCAGGUGUGUGGCUGCACACAUUUGUGCACACACCUAUGCCCCUGCCUCCUCACUUCCCCCACCCCCACUCCAGGCUUAAGCCUGGCUGGCCAAACCAUGACACAGUGUGGCUCUGGCAGGGAGAACCAGAACCACCAACCCACUUUCACUGAGAAACCUCUAGUUUGGGUUCCUGCCCCUGGCCUAGGCAUUUGGAGAGGCUCUGGCCUC